AUGGUCUAUUAUAUAUUAAACCUGAUUUAGUUAAAAAGAUAAGUCAAGGAUCAAUCAUAGAAAUAUAAUUAAAUUAGAUUAACAAAGUGCAAACAAAAAUCUUUACCAUAUCUGAAAUUCUAAUUUCUUAGAAAUAUCUAUUUAAAAAUAUACAGAAUAUAGCAGAUUUUGUAAGGAUAUUUACUAAAAAGAUUUUCAACUUGA